CCCCCGCCAAUGGCGAAGCGCCUUCUUGGGGCGUGGGCGAAGCAGGCUGCUCUCCCGUUGCCUGUAGUGUGUGGGCUGGGGUUGUGCGGGCUCCUGGCUUGGCCGCACUUGGUCGGUAGUUGUGCUCCCGGGGCUUUUGUGUCCUCCUCGGGCUUCGCUUUGUGCCUGCGAGUCCGUGCUCGGCGGCGCGGCGCUCCUCCGGGGCGGCAGCCGUGAGCUCGGGCGGCGCGGCCCCGGGCCAGGAGCGAGCGCGCCGGCGUGAGCGGCGACUGUGAAGGCUGCGUUGAGGUGAGGGGAUUCGCAGACCCCGGAGAUGCCGGAGUUCCUGGAAGACCCCUCGGUCCUGACGAAAGACAAGUUGAAGAGUGAGUUGGUCGCCAACAAUGUGACGCUCCCGGCCGGGGAGCAGCGCAAGGACGUGUACGUGCAGCUCUACCUGCAGCACCUCACGCCGCGUAACCGGCCGCCGCUCGCCGCCGGCGCCCACACCAACGGGGCCCCCGCCUUCUCCCUCCCUCGCUGCGGGGUCCCAGGCCCCGGGCGGGCAGGGCGCGGGGGAAGAGCCCAGAAGUUGGAGCUGCGGGCUCGCGACUUUGGAUGUGUGAGUCUGGAGGUGUGGAUGGAGUUUGUGUGUUGCGGGGUCCAGGCUGCGCGCGGGGACUUAAUGCCCCGGACCUCCGACCCCCGGGAACGGUGCCUCCCUCGAGAGCCUCGGAAGGGUCGGUCCUUGCUGGCUAAAGCCACAAAAAAAACUGACAAACCCAGAAUAGAAGAUAAAGAUGAUCUAGAUGUAACAGAACUCUCUAAUGAAGAUCUUCUGGACCAGCUUGUGAAGUAUGGAGUGAAUCCUGGCCCUAUUGUGGGAACAACCAGGAAGCUAUAUGAGAAAAAACUAUUGAAACUGAGAGAACAAGGGACAGAAUCAAGAUCUUCGACUCCUCUGCCAACAAUUUCUUCUUCAGAAAAUACGAGGCAGAAUGGAAGUAAUGACUCUGACAGAUACAGUGACAACGAAGAAGACUCUAAAAUAGAGCUCAAGCUUGAGAAGAGAGAACCACUAAAGGGCAGAGCAAAGACUCCAGUAACACUCAAGCAAAGAAGAAUUGAGCACAAUCAGAGCUAUUCUCAACCUGGAGUAUCAGAAACUGAAUGGACAAGUGGAUCUUCAGCAGGCGGACCUCUGCAUGCAUUAACUAGGGAAUCCACCAGAGGGUCGAGAAGAACUCCAAGAAAAAGGGUGGAAGCUUCAGAACAUUAUCGUAUAGAUGGUGCAAUAAUUUCAGAGAGUACUCCCAUAGCUGAAACUAUAAUGGCUUCAAGCAACGAAACCUUAGUUGUCAAUAGGGUGACUGGAAAUUUCAAGCAUGCAACUCCUAUUCUGCCAAUCACUGAAUUCUCAGACAUACCCAGAAGAACACCAAAGAAACCAUUGACAAGAGCUGAAGUGGGAGAAAAAACAGAGGACAGAAGAGUAGAAAGGGAUAUUCUUAAGGAAAUGUUUCCCUUUGAAGCGUCUACACCAACAGGAAUUAGUGCUAGUUGCCGCAGACCGAUCAAAGGGGCUGCAGGCCGACCGUUAGAACUCAGUGAUUUCAGGAUGGAAGAAUCUUUUUCAUCUAAAUAUGUUCCUAAGUAUGUUCCCUUGGCAGAUGUCAAGUCAGAAAAGACAAAAAAGGGACGAUCUGUUCCUGUAUGGAUAAAAAUCUUGCUGUUUGUUAUUGUGGCAGUUUUUUUGUUUUUGGUCUAUCAAGCUAUGGAAACCAACCAAGGAAAUCCCUUCCUUAAUUUUCUUCCUACUGAGUCUAGAGAAUCCAACUGAAAUAACUC